CGUGCGUUCAGAUGCGUGUGCGCGCAGGCGGAGGAUCGCCGCGGAGCCGUACCGUGUAGCAGGCACAAGCCGCUGGGCGCGCAGGAGAAGCCGCAAAAAAAUCCAGCAGCCGCUGCUUGAAGCUGCCAGGAGCGCAGAGAACGUGUCGGAACUUCAGUGCACACGAGGCCAGUGAUACAAAAUGGGAGGCAAGCUCAGCAAAAAGAAGAAGGGGUACAGUGUAAACGAUGACAAGGCUAAAGACAAGGAUGCCAAAGCCGAGGGGGCCUCAGCAGAGGAGAGCGAAGCACCGAAAGACAACAAGGACGGGGCUCCAGCUGCCGGUGAUGCUAAGGAGGUAGCUAAUGACACGGCAGCCAAGGAGGCGCCAGCAGCUGAUGCCGCGGCACCCAAAGAGGAGGAAAAGAACGCAGCUCCUGCCGCAAAGGAGGCAGAGAAACCUGCCGCCAACGCUGAGCCCAAAACGGAGGCGCCCAAGAGCGCAGAGCCCGCCAAGGCCGAGGAGAAACCAGCCGCCCCUGCCCCGGCCAAAGAAUCGGCCCCGGCCGCGAAGGAAGCCGAGGCUAAGGCCGCGGCACCCACCCCUGCAGCCGAGAGCAAAGAUGAGGCCGACGCCAAAAAGACUGAGGCCCCUGCGGCACCAGCAGCCAAAGCCGAAGCGGCCCCCGCUGCCUCCCCCGACCCCAAGCCUACAGAGGCAGCGGCAGCUCCCGCCCCAGCAAAGGAGGCCACCCCUGCUCCUAGUUCAACACCAGCCGCCGAACCUCCCAAGGAGGCAAACGCCACAGAGGCACCAAGCAAGGAUCAAACCGUAGCAGUUCAAGAUUAAUGGACAGCCACUUUUCGGAAAUGAAGAAAUAAAUUACCUAACUCAACAACGAUGAAGAUUAAAAAAGAA